AUUUGUAUUCGGAUCCCAUGUGCUCUUACCGACACCCUUAUCUUUCUCUUCCUUGUAUCUCUCUCUUUCUUUUGCAUUCACCAUAGCCAAAUUCUUGCUUUUUUCAAGGCUGAUUUUAUGGAGAUCUGAGUUUUGCUGCUAAUAAGCUGAGAAAGAAGAAGUUUGAUAGUCAUUGUUCUGGAGAUCUGAGUUUAGCUUCUAAUAAGCCGAGAUAAGGAAGGAAUUUGCUACUGACUGUUCUGGCUUUUUGAGGCUGAGUUCAUGGUGAUCUGAGGUUUUGCUGUUAAUAAGCUGAGAUAAGGAAGGAAUUAAAGGGGGUGUAGUGAUGAAGAUGAAACUGAGGAAGCCGGUUUUGUUCUUGUUGCUACUGACUGUUUUUGCCCCUUUAGUCCUUUACACUGACACUCUUGGGACUUAUUUUACUUCUCCUUCUUCAUCAAGGACUGAGUUCAUUGAAGAUCUGUCCACCUUUACUUUUGGUGGUGACGUCCGACCUCUAAAUGUGAUGCCUCAGGAGUCAUCCACAUCUCUCAAAGAACCACGGGGCGAUGUAUAUUCAGAAAAUUCAAGCCAUUCCCUUUCUAAUGCCUCAGACACUUUAAGCAGCGAGGAUGCUCGGAAAACAAGACAACUAACUGAAGCAGAAUCAAUGAAGCAUCAAACUGCCACUGGAAGCAGCAAUGAUGGAGUAGAAGUGGCUAUGAAUGGAAGUCACAUAAGUCAGGUUACCGAUAACUUGCGUGAACCACAACAAACAGACAAAACUUCACCGAAACUUGUGUCAGCGGGGAAAAACGAAAGCAUAGCAAUGGAAACCAGCUCAAAGAAAAAGACGAGUCCAACAGAUUCUAACCAGACCUUGGAUUCCACUAAAACUGAAACAAGACAUGAUCAACGCACUGUUCAAACUAGUGGUAAAGUUGUAUCUGGAGAGACAGCAAGGGGCAAAGAUGAAGAGCGGAAUGCGCAAAUUGUCCCCCCUGAUGCUCGUGUUCGCCAGCUCAAGGAUCAGCUCAUUAGGGCGAAGGUCUACCUUUCACUCUCAGCAACACGAAGCAAUCCCCACUUCAUUAGAGAACUUCGCUUGCGGAUAAAGGAAGUACUGCGAGCACUUGGUGAGGCCACUAAGGAUUCUGAUCUGUCAAGAAGUGCCAAUGAGAAGUUGAAGGCAAUGGAGCAAACAUUGGCCAAAGGGAAGCAAAUUCAAGAUGAUUGUGCUACUAUUGUAAAGAAGCUUCGUGCCAUGCUUCACUCAGCAGAAGAGCAGCUCCGUGUCCACAAGAAGCAAACAUUGUAUUUAACACACUUAACUGCUAAGACACUUCCAAAGGGUCUUCAUUGUCUUCCUUUACGCCUUUCAACAGAGUAUUUCAAGUUAAAUUCUUCCCAACAGCAUUUUCCACAUCAAGAGAAUUUAGAAAAUCCCAAGCUAUACCACUAUGCACUCUUCUCAGACAACAUAUUAGCCGCUGCUGUCGUCGUAAACUCAACUGUUUCCCAUGCAAAGGAUCCAUCAAAGCACGUUUUCCAUAUAGUGACUGACAGGCUUAAUUUUGCUGCAAUGAGAAUGUGGUUUUUGGCUAAUCCACCAAAGUAUGCUACAGUAGAUGUUCAAAAUGUUGAGGAAUUCACCUGGCUAAAUUCAAGUUACAGUCCAGUUCUGAAGCAAUUGAAUUCUCAGUCCAUGAUAGAUUAUUACUUCAGAUCUCGUGCUGAUUCUGAUCCAAAUGUGAAGUUUAGGAAUCCAAAGUACCUUUCAAUCAUGAAUCACUUACGCUUUUACUUGCCAGAGAUCUUCCCAAAGCUGGAUAAGGUUCUCUUCUUGGAUGAUGAUAUUGUUGUGCAAAAGGAUCUUGGCGGCCUUUGGUCACUUGAUCUUAAGGGUAAGGUGAUUGGUGUGGUUGAAACCUGUGGAGAAAGCUUUCAUCGGUUUGACCGCUACCUCAACUUCUCAAAUCCUCUGAUCUCUAAAAAUUUCGAUCCUCGUGCUUGUGGUUGGGCAUUUGGAAUGAACAUCAUUGAUCUAAAUGAGUGGAGGCGGCAAAACAUCACAGAGGUGUACCACUCAUGGCAAAAUCGGAAUCAUGAAAGACAACUUUGGAAGUUGGGGACCCUACCACCUGGUUUGAUAACCUUUUGGAAGCGCACAUAUGCCCUCGACCGAUCAUGGCAUGUCCUUGGGCUUGGCUACAAUCCAAAUGUUAGCCAGAAGGACAUUCAACGAGCAGCAGUCAUACAUUACAAUGGGAACUUGAAACCAUGGCUUGAAAUAAGCAUACCCAAGUUCCGGGACUACUGGUCAAAAUUUGUUGACUAUGAUCAGGCAUUUUUGCGAGAGUGUAAUAUCAACAAAUUGGGUGGUUCAUGAAGUGUUCUCUGCACAUAUUUCUCCUAAUUCCUGAAAUACAGCGAGCAAGCAUUUGUUUAGUUUACAGGUCCGUUCUUCCUGAAUAAGUGUAUGAUUUUGUUCUUGUUCUCUAAGUCAGGGAGUUAUUCAGGUAUAUAUACAUAUAUGUUGAGUGGAGUAUUAGAGUGAACAUUCUGUAUUACCUUUAUUCUUGACAUCCAUUGUUGGAUGACAACAUAAGUCCAGAUUUGUUGUAAAUGAUUAACCAUAGCUCUCCCUUUGAAUUUU